GUUUCGAAUCAACGAGACUGGAGACCCCCGUCUCUCUCUACGACAGACGACAGGGGAGCGUGAAGAGCGGGACUAAAUAAAUGCAGCGAGAGAGGGAAAAGGGGCUGCCGAGAAGAAAGUCGGAGGAACGUCCCUGACCCACGAUUCUUCGGCCCGUGAACCCAUCAAGGUGAAGUCACGCAACGCGAUUCAUGUUACCCAUCUAAGAUGUGAUCGUGUUUUUGGUGUUCCCAUCUUAGCAAAAUCAAGUUUAUCAUGCCAAUAGAGGAGAAAAUUUUUGGAUGUUCGUUUUCUUGUUCCUAGAAAGAUCAGGUGUGAUAUUUUCUCGUGCACUGAGGAAGAUUAUGCUUGUGAUAGGUCAUUGCAGGAAAAUUGUGGUUUUGAUUGGUGGUUAUUUGGGUUUUUGUGGUGUACUGGUGCGUAUUCGUUUAAUUGCCUAGGCAGAUUCUACAUUAGGUUUGAGGUGGGUGGUGUAUUGUUGAGGAAGGCUGCCGAUGCCAUUUCUUAGUCUUCAGAUUGGUAGGGAAGAUAGGGACGGAAGUUUCGAGGAAGGAAGCUCAGAAUCGAACAGCAGAGAUGUCGUGGGCGAGCGCAGACGAAAUAUUCCUCUCCACUUCACUCGCUAGCUACCUAGAUAAAAAACUUCUUGUGUUGCUUAGAGAUGGGCGCAAGCUACUCGGAGUUCUUCGUUCCUUUGAUCAAUUUGCAAAUGUUGUGCUUGAAGGUGCAUGUGAGCGUGUAAUUGUUGGAGACCUAUACUGUGAUAUUCCUCUUGGUCUUUAUGUUAUCCGAGGAGAAAAUGUCGUUUUGAUUGGUGAGCUGGACCUUGAAAAAGAGGAACUUCCAGCUCACAUGACUCGUGUUUCAGCUUUGGAGAUAAAAAGUGCUCAAAAAGCUGAAAAAGACGCUACAGAUCUCAAAGGUUCUAUGAGAAAAAGAAUGGAAUUUCUAGACUUGGACUGAGGAUGAUAGUUGUUCUACUUGCCUUCCAGUUACGGCGUCACAGCUUGACACGUACUGAUGCGUACUGAUAAUUCCUUGACUGUGCGCAAGAACGUUUCCAGCAUUUCCUGACUUUCUCAUAACACUAUCAAGCCUGGUUGAUUUUCCUUUGGCAUUUGGUUCAAGAAUUUCCUAUUUCCACAAUAAUGGCAAAUCAGCUAAAUAGCCUAGAAAUUCCUUGCUGAAGGGAAGCGUCAAGGGUUUGCACAGGGUGAAGCUUUUCUUGUUCUUUCCCUUUUUAGAGUUUGGUUUACAUGUAUCUUGCUGGAGCAGGUGAUUAGGAAAUUCCUUUUCUUUCCAUUUUCCACAGUUGUAUGCCGGAGGCAGGAAUCUGGCUAAUUGGGGGGAUAUCUUUUUUCUAUUUCCUUCCCAAUUGGCACAGGUAAUUUAAUUGAAGCUGGUUUUGGUGGAUCUA